GGGAGUGUUUCUUUAAAAACGGAAGAAGGAAAACAGGUUUUUACCCAGACAGCAUUUUACCAGGGUCGAACUGUUGCUGUCAAGAGGAUCUCCCAAGAUGAAGUGAAGAUGAAUAGAGAGAUUCUCAUUGAGCUGAAAAACAUGCGGGAUUUGGAGCAUCCCAACUUGGCAAGAUUUAUCGGAUUGUGUGUCGACGUUCCUAACGUGGCCAUCGUCAACGAGUAUUGCCCCAAAGGAAGUCUGAUGGACAUUCUUCAGAACGAUUCCAUCAAACUUGACUGGUUCUUCAAGUACUCCCUUAUCAGUGACGUCAUCAAGGGAGUGCAGUACCUUCACCGCAGUGAGCUGUCAGUCCACGGCCGACUCAACUCCUCCAACUGCCUCGUCGAUAGUCGAUUCGUCCUCAAACUUAUCGACUUUGGCUUGCCGUCCCUCCGAGAGGGCGCUUCGCAGGCCCUCGGUGACCACGCCCUGCUGACGAAGUCACUUUAUGUUGCCCCAGAGCUACACCGCGAUCCAAAGCGAGGCCCAACCAAAGAGGGCGACAUUUACAGUGUAGGGAUGCUCAUGGGAGAAGUUGCAACCAGGCAGGGACCGUAUGAGGCCGAGUCGAAGAACAUGGAACUAAGUGAGAUUGUUGACAAAAUCAAGUGUCCUCCUUCCGGCAGCCUGAGUCAACCAUUCAGACCACAGGUUGCCGGCGAGAACGUCGACUCCAGUAUAUCCGAGUUGAUCAAAGCGUGUUGGGCGGAAGACCCUAAAGACAGACCUAAUGUCAACUCGCUGAACGCAUCCAUCGUCAAAAUCAACAGAAAGAGGAACACAGGCACGGGUAUCCUAGACAACCUGCUGAAUCGGAUGGAGCAGUACGCCAACAAUCUGGAAGAGUUGGUGGAGGAGAGAACCGCAGCCUUCUUGGAGGAGAAGAAACGAGCUGAGACGCUGCUUUAUGAGCUCUUACCCAGUUUGAAGCAAGGCAAGGCCGUCGACCCGGAAUCUUACGACAGUGUCACCAUCUUCUUCAGUGACAUCAAAGGGUUCACUGAACUCUCGGCACAGAGCACGCCAUCACAGGUGGUCAUGUUACUGAACGAUCUGUACACCUGUUUUGAUGGCAUCAUUGAACAUUUUGAUGUGUAUAAGGUUGAGACUAUCGGGGACGCCUACAUGGUGGUGUCUGGCGUGCCAGUCCGCAACGGCAAUGCGCAUGCGCGUGAGAUUUGCAACAUGGCGCUGGCCUUGCUUAAGGCAGUCGGCUCCUUCAGGAUUCGACACAAGAGAGACCAGAAACUUCAUAUGCGGGUGGGAAUACACACAGGUCCGUGCGUAGCUGGCGUGGUGGGGCUCAAGAUGCCUCGCUAUUGUCUCUUCGGAGACACAGUGAAUACGGCAUCUCGAAUGGAAUCAAACGGAGAAGCUUUGAAGAUCCACAUCAGUUCGGACACCAAGGAAAUUUUGGAGGAUUUCGGAGGCUUCAACAUUGAACUCAGGGGUGCAGUAGCACUAAAGGGAAAGGGCGUCCAAACCACCUAUUGGUUGCUAGGCAACAGUGAAAAAUGUGUGAAUGCGGUUACCGAGAGUGAGUUCACCUAA